CUCAGCGCCGCCUCCUCCACCCGAUCAGGUCAGGUAUGGCGCCGGCGGCGAUGGAGGACCUGAACUCCAUCGUCAACAAGAUGCAGCUGGCCUGCACCCUCGCCGAUAACGGCGUGGGGAGCGCCCUCCCGACCGACUGGGACGAGCUGCCCUUCAUCGCCUUCGUGGGAGCCCAGGGUUCCGGCAAGUCAUCAGUGCUUGAGGCUAUUGUUGGAAAGGAUUUCCUACCCAGGGGUCCAGGCAUUGCAACCCGCCGCCCUUUGAUUGUGCAUCUAUUUAAAACUGAAGAAGGAACAGAAUAUGCAAAGUUCUUGCAUCAACCCGACAAAAUGUACGAAGAUUUUGCUGAAGUCGGUAUGGAGAUAGCUGAUGAUACUGACAGAGAAACCGGCUCUCCCUAUGGAAUAUCAUCUGUCCCCAUCCGUUUAAGCAUAUUUUCCCCAAAUGUUGUGAAUGUGACUCUAAUUGAUCUUCCUGGGCUUACAAAAAUUGUUGUUGACGACCAGUCAGACAGUAUAGUUCAGGAAAUUGAAAACAUGGUUCGAGCAUUCAUCGAAAAGCCCAAUUGUAUCAUUCUCACCAUUUCUCCAGCCAACCAGGAUCUUUCAAAUUCUGAAACAGUCAAUAUUUCACGGGAAGUUGACCCAAAAGGUGAAAGAACAUUUCGUGUGCUCACUAAAAUUGAUCUGAUGGAGAACCGAGCAAGUGUUGUUGAUAUACUGGAAGAAAGAUCUUGCCGGUUCCACAUUCCAUGGGUUGGUGUUGUCAACCGAUCCCAGAAAGACAUUAACAACAACAUGGACAUGAUUUCUGCCAGGCGUAGAGAGCGUGACUAUUUUGGUAACACACCAGAAUACAAGCAUCUCGCUCAUAGAAUGGGAUCAGAACAUUUGGUCAGAAGUUUGGGAAAGCAUUUGGAAUCUUAUAUUAAAACAAGAGUAGGUGGUUAUAUGUUCACUAAAAGUUCCAUCAAAUCUACAGUGAGAAAGAAAAACUGGCUGCAAGGCUAUACACUCAGAGCCUAUGGUACAUUUCCCACAUACCACAUAGGUACGGAAGGCGGGCCACAUGAUAUGUACUUUGAAUGCACAGUGCACGUGCAGGACCGCAAGUUCAUUUCAGCAAUGCUUCACCGCCGUCGCAAAGAUGCGGAGGAGGACGCUGCGGAUGUUGCCUACACAGCAUUGAUGGGAAAUGAGACGCUGGAGACUUUACUUGGGCUGCUUAACAAGGAUACAAUAUGCAAGGUUGGCCUUCUGCUACAAUACGCACGCAAAAAGAAGGUUGCAGACCCAGUAUAUGUGUCGUCCUCCUCCAAGGUGGCUGUAGAGAGCCAGAGGACACUUUGGCUUUCCACAGUUGUCUUGGAAGACAAGACUUAUAUCGGGGAGGUUGCAAAUACAAAGCGCCUAUCAAUUCAGAAAGUUGCUUCCGCAGUCGCGUCCUCGAUGCUGGAGGUUGGAGAUGACUUGAUGAUCCAGUUGCUUCUUGCCAAGAGGCUCAAGACCGAGGUGCCCAGAAGAAAGAGAGACCGAGGUGCCCAGGAAGAAGAAGAUAGAUUGUACUCCCCCUGGUCUUUUUUACUCCGCAUAUUAGAUUUGUGUCAAGUCAAACUUUGUAAAGUUUGACCAAUAUAUAUUAAGAAAAUAUGAACCUCUAAAAUA